CCUACCUGUCAUGAUUCAGAAAAGUACCUCCAACUUAAUGACUCAAAAUGUGUGCACAGUGACAAAAGAAGAGUGUGAACAGAACCCAUUCGGUAUAUGUGGACACCACGCAAAGUGCUUCACCAGUCCGAUGGGUUUCUGCUGCAAUUGUCUGCCUGGGUUCAACUGGUUGAACAUCGACGACCCGUGUUUGGACACCAAUGAGUGCUCCAGGGACAACAUCUGCGGUUCCAAUGCCUACUGCAACAACACCAUCGGAAGCUACACCUGUACCUGUCGCUCAGGGUAUACGAAGCAGAGUGCUGCAAGUCGCACCUGCAUUGACAUUGACGAAUGUGAGGAUGGUGCAAAGCCAAAUGAAGGCGUUUGUGGCAUUAACGGCACAUGUAUAAAUACCAACGGGAGCUUCUGGUGUGAGUGUCCAACCGGCUUCACUAACUAUGGCAACGAAGGGACUCCAUGUUCGGGGACAGAAGAAGAUGAGUGUGAACAGAAUGUCGGUAUAUGUGGAAACCACGCCAUGUGCAUCAACACUCCGGGGAGUUUCUGCUGCAAGUGUAUGCCUGGGUACAAGGAGUUGAAAAAUAGGCCUGAGUUCACCUACGACGGACAGUGUUUGGACAUCAACGAGUGCUUGGAAAUUGGGAACAUCUGUGGUCCCAAUGCCGACUGUAGCAACUCCAUUGGAAACUACACCUGCAUCUGUCUCUCAGGACAUUGA